UUGCGCGCAUGCGUAGAACGCAUCUGACGCCACACCUCCUGUUUUAAAUGGCUUUGCGCGAUUCACUAAACUCACGUCCAUGUGGUGCGACCGCUGCGACGCCUGCUGUGGUUUUGGCAUAGACUGUAAAAACGGUUUUGGGAGCCAGUCAGGGGAUCAGAGCGAUAGAUUGGCCGUGCACGCAGACAAAGACAAUUCGUAUUUAAUAAUUUGAGGUCGCUAUCGCAACACUGUCGUAGUUUUAAUGAGCAAUAUCGCAUUUAAUUCUACGUUCUCAAGAAUGAUCCGGAGACGCGGAGAAACUCCUAUGGAUAUCCGUAUAUACUGGAAAAAAAUCAAGACAUUCUGGAAGACCCUCUCACUCCAGAGGCAGAUGAUGGAGAAUCUAAAAAUAGCAAAAGCCAGGCAAGAUGCACUUCAAAGAAAAAUGGAGGAAAGGAGACUCAGGCUGCAGGAAGAAGCCAACAGGAGGUUUGCGACCUGUGGGACCAUGACACCUGAGGAACAAGAGCAGCGGGUUCUGUAUGCAAGUGUGCUUGAAUAUGAGCAAGAUCAUGAAUGGCCAAAAAUUUGGAAAGCUAAUCUGAAAAAGAAUCCAAAUGAUCCAAUGCUGGUUUCAGGUCUAAUCUCAUGUCUUCUCAGCUACCCAGACCAUCCAGUCAUGAAGUUUCUGAAGAGGCUUCAGUAUCGGGUGUAUAACAGACUGUAUCCUAUAGUGAGCCAGUGUGUUCCUCUGAGUACAGCGCCUGGUCGCUCACUGCCCUUAAAGCCCUCCCGCAGUGCCCAAAGCCUGCUCCUGUUCGACAGUUUUAUCUCUCCGCAGCAGCAGCAGAGCCCGCUCAAAUCUGCUAUGACACACAGCUUAUCUGAUGCCUCCAUCUCCCUUUCCCCAUCCCACGACCUCAACGCCAACGACACAAAGUCCGAGAACGACUUGGACGAGUCCUCAACUCUGGUCUCCACAGAUAGGGAGAACUCUUUUGAGGAUCUAGAGAAGUUUCUUACUCAGCUGGACUGGGUUCCUUCUCACAGUGGUGAUGAUACGAACUCUGAUGUGAUCUUUGACACAACACACAUAGACCUCAAAUCUCAUAUUAAUCAUCUUGAGGAGCGUGCUUUGAAGGAACAUUUGAAGGCCAUCGUCAAAGACAUCCACAAUGCUAUCGAUCGCCUGCUGUCUCUGUGUCUUCUCUCUUUUGAAUGUCUCAACACUGCGAAUUCUAAGGACCAAUGUGUGGCGAGUAUAGAGGAAGUCUUCUUCACCCCUAUUUGGUGCCCUCUUUUGGUACUUUUUAGGAAGGUGCAUCGAGAACGGGAGCUGGCUGUUGAGAGCAGCAUGUGUCUUCAUCAUAAUGUUUCGCCUGGUGUUGUUGGUGUUCCAUCUAAAUUGUUCCCAAGAGACCCAGCUGUGCUGCACGGUUCCUAUCCAUACGAGUCAGCGGUACAGGAGCUGAAGCUUCUGUGUAGAGACUAUUGUCCUCAGAAGAAACUGGAGUGUAUUGUGAGAACUCUACGAAUCAUCUGUGGCUGUGCUGAAGAGUACCGCCUCCUGCAAGAAAAUGAUCCUCCACCCAAAUCAGCAGCAAUUGGUGCCGAUGACCUGUUGCCCAUCCUGGCGUUCGUGGCUUUACGCAGUGAAACGCCUCAGCUGGUGUCUGAAUGUGCUGCAUUGGAAGAGUUCAUUCACGAGGGGUAUCUGAUCGGAGAGGAAGGGUACUGCCUGACGUCAAUGCAGAGCGCACUGACCUAUGUUGAGUCAUUGCUCUUGGGUGGGGCUCCACCCCCGGCUGCCAAACCCACCUGACGUAGGCGCCUUAGCUGAUGGAAAGAUCUCGUCGUGUUUGAAAGUCCUCAGGAGUUGGUGUAUCUCCUCUGCUCAGCCUGUUCAAGUCCCAAAUCAGGCCAGACUUCAGUUCUGUUCAAAUCUUCCCCACCUACUGCUUUUGAAGGGACUGGAGAAGUUUAUUCGCUGUGUUUGGGCGCUACAGGGCAGGUUCAUCUGAAUGUGGUUAGAAGUAAGCUCAGUAUUGUAGCCAAAGCAAAAAAAUAUAUAUUUAUGAGACUGAAUGGGAUGAAAUGAGCCAGAUGUUAGGAAAGGAUUUGUGGAAAGCUUAGUUAAAAUGUUAAUUUUUUUUAAUACAAAUGUGAAUGUAUUCUAAUCCCAUUGACUUUUAAUUUUUUUGGUCAAAUGUAUUUCUCAGAGAAUUUUUAUCAAUGGAAAUGAAAGACUAAAGCACUACUAGCAUUUGUCAUCAUGUAACACCCUAUUUAUUAAACAAUAUAAAAAGAGACACUAAUUGAGUUUGUAUUAUUUUAGCUCAGAAUUCUAGCCAUUUUGAGCUUGUUGUACUGGUUAGGACAUAAUGGAAAAAAUUUGUCAAAAGUUCUGUUAAACCUUUAUACUCCGAGCUGUGCAUUUCUCUUGCAAGUAAAUAUACCACUUUGCAGACAGGCAUCAUGUUGUUGAGCAGUAUAGGUUUUAUCUAUUUCUUUUUAAAUAUCUUAAUUUGUUAUUUAAUUGCUUUUCGCUCUAAUAGUCAAAAUAGUGAAAUCAAUGUCAAAAAAAAAAAAAGUUUGGAUGCGCAAGAAACAUUAAUGCUGCUGAACCGUCUGUCUUCAGUUACUGAGGUUGAGGGGAUUGAAUAGAAAAUAGGAAUAAUUAAAUAAUUUGUAUGAGCAAAAGCAUUAU